AUGGCCGACUAUAGCAAUUCUCCCUCUAUUCAUCCUUGCACACCCGUUGAUGGAUACACCAUCCAUGAUAACAAUGGCACACUACUUGCAUCUGCCACCGAGUCGCUUUCUAUUGCUUCCGUAAAUCAAUGGCUUCAACACACACCUCAUGCAACAGCCACCUUGACCUUGUAUGACGGCGAUACCAUCGAUCUUCCCGUUUACGCUCUUCGACGUCGUAAUGCUGUGGUGGAGAGCUUACCUGAUGCACCACAUCCAGCAUACGUUUCCACACAAUAA